AUCAUCUCUUCUAGAUCAUAAGAAAAUCCAUCAAAAGCUUAACAUUAAUGGCUACCCUCAUUUCUCCUGACCAGUUUUCUCCUGUUGAAGAUGCUGAAGCUCUCCAAAAGGCUUGCAAAGGAUGGGGAACUGAUGAGAAGGCAAUAAUCAAGAUACUCGGACAUAGAAAUGCAACUCAAAGGAAGCAAAUCAGGCAAGCUUAUGAGGAGCUUUAUGAAGAAGAUCUUGUCAAGCGUCUUGAGAAUGAGCUGUCCGGAGACUUUGAGAAAGCGGUGUACCGGUGGAUAUUGGAUCCAGCAGACAGAGAUGCAGUUUUGGCAAAUGUAGCCGUUAGGAAAGCUGAGUCAAAUUAUCAUGUGAUAAUUGAAAUUUCAUGCAUCCUUUCUCCUGAAGAGCUCUUGGUGGUGAGACGAGCCUACCAAAGCCGCUACAAGCGUUCCUUGGAAGAAGAUGUGGCUGCCCAUACCACCGGGGAUUUGCGCCAGCUCUUGGUUGCCCUAGUAAGUGCUUAUCGGUAUGAUGGGCAUGAGGUAAAUGAAAGAUUAGCAAAAUCUGAAGCUGAUAUUCUUCACGAUGCUAUCAAAGACAAAGCAUUUAAUCAUGAAGAAGUCACCAGGAUCCUGAGCACAAGGAGCAAGACACAGCUCAGGGCUAUUUUCAACCGCUACAAAGAUGAACAUGACACUUCCAUCACCAAGAAUUUGUCGGGUGAUCCUCAUAGUGAUUUACAAAAGGCAUUGCGCACUGCAAUUCGCUGCAUCAAUGAUCCAAAGAAGUAUUUUGAAAAGUUGGUGCGCAAUGCAAUCAAAGGGGUUGGAACAGAUGAGGAGGCACUCACUCGAGUGAUAGUUACAAGGGCAGAGAGAGAUUUGAAUGGCAUCAAGGAGCUUUACUACCAGAGGAACAGUGUUUCCCUUGAUCAUGCUGUGGCCAAGGAAACUUCAGGGGAUUACAAGGCCUUCCUCCUUACUUUGCUAGGGAAGGAAGAUUGAUUGAGAUCAUUCUUUCCUAUAUAUAUAUGGGGGAACCUUUUAGAAUUUUAUGUUAUCAAUGGUGGUGUUCUCAGUUGGCCUUUGUUGUUGUUGGGGUCUUUACUUUCCUUGCAGUCUUGUCUUGAAUUUUCAUUGAGUGUGACAAUGUAUGUUUACCUUGAUUUGUGUCAAGUGUUUUUCAUAAGGAGUACUUGGUUGUUUUGGACAAAGGGACGGAAUUAAAAUUUUUAUCUAAAGGGUUAAAGUA